AUCACUGGACUUUCCCGUUCUUUUUCAUAUAUGCCACUGCAGCUCCAAUAAAAACACAUUCAACACAAGACAUCUUUAAACAAUAAUCUGAGUGAAACACUGAAAUACCUGCUGUCAGAGUCAUAUACAGAGUCACCAACUGUGAAAUUAGCGAACCAGCGUGAAAUAGAGGUCUACAAAAUGACAGCAGCAGAUCUUGAAAUGGGUAUGGAGGAUGUUUACCAGAAAACGGUGACGAGCAUGAAGCCUUCUUCUGGAUCAGAGAUGUGGAAGAUAGUGGGAGCCAUCAUCUUGGUAGUCCUCUGUGCCACAGCUGCUGUCUUUUGCACAUGGCGUUUCACGACUCAGGGUCCGCAAGAAGACAGACACAAGGACAUGCACAGCACCCCUGGCACAGCACACUCCCAGACAAUGCUAAAACGAAUAGUCAAGAACAGAAAGGCUGCUAUUCACCUCCAUGCUUCAGGUCAAGGCAGCAAAGAAAAGUCACUCCAGUGGGAGAGUGAUGUGGACCAAUCCUUUUCCAAGGGUGGACUCAGGCUGAAGGACAACAUCAUCCUCAUUCCAUCUGAUGGCAUCUACUUUGUGUAUAGUCAGGCAUCGUUCGCCGUGUCCUGUGGGUCAAGUGAGGAAGACAUGGUGACUCUGAGCCACACUGUUCUGUGGUCAUCUCUUGCGUCCCCUUCAGCUGAACCAAAGGACCUGCUCAACGGAUUUAAAUCCGUCUGCCAAGCCAACAUGCAGGGGCAGAAGAAUGAGGACCUCGUGUACGACGUCAUCUAUCUUGGUGCCAUCUUUCAGCUUCAUAAAGGGGACAAACUCUCAACGGAGACUACCCAUGCUAAUGAAAUCGAAGACCAUGGUGCCAAAACAUUCUUUGGGGUGUUCAAACUGUAAGAGUCUUGAGGUCACAUAAGACCUGUGAAAGUGCAAAGACAAACUGUUUUAUGUUAAAACAUACAAGUUCUAAUUCUCAGAGUGUGGAAUGUGAGAUUGCUAACUGCUAACUGAAUACAUGACACAAUGUGUCAGAACUGCUGGAAAGCUCUUCAGUCUAUUGAUUGUAUUACAGUAUAAUGACUAGUCUGCUAGUAAAUCACUCAGCUGAUGAACAGGAGAUCACUACUCCUCAGAAGUCAAUAGGCCAGUAAAGUAAGCUUGUAUAUAAUAUAUACUGAGAAACAUGCUAACAUAGCUCACUACAGUAUGUGCCUAUGUUGUAACUACUGCACUUUUUCAUUAUUGUUUCAUUAUUCAUUCAAGUCAAGCAAAUAUAUUUAA